AACAUAUCUAACAACUGCCCUGCAAAUUGCACUUCUCCCGCAGCCCCUGUUAUGAAUAGAUUUCUACCGCUUGUAGAUGCGAAACCUCUGAUUUGUUCAAUUGGUGUGGUCUAAAAUUGACCUCCAUUUGAUCUGAGUUUACAAGUAUUUGGUUCCGAGUUUAGAUAAUAUUCUAUGAUGUUCAAAUUUACAAAUGAAACCGUGAAAAAUAGAUUUCUGGCACAUCAUGAAGUGGGAACCUGCAAGCAAUUGCAAGGAUGCCGAGUGAUAUUACUGACAUCAACUUCGCACAAAGGCUACCAGCAAGAUUAGAAUGCAUAUAUUUGUCUUUUCUUCACAUAUCCAAAACAAAAUUACAGAACAAGAUGGGUUUUAUUUAUGAGAAAAAUGUCCAAGGAUGUUAAAGCUUUUCAGACAGCAGGGUAAGUGCAAAUUUAUGCCGUUGUUUCACUUACAGCAUCAAGGAGUUACUACAGCACAGCAUAUUUGCGUCAGUGAACAUAACAUUAAAGACUACAUUCAAUUCUUGCAGACUUGCAUUAAGGAGAAAGACAUAGCAGGGGGCAAGUUAAUGCACUCUCGCAUAAAUGUGAUGGCGUUUACCUCAAAUACAGUUUUACAUAAAGUGGUGGGCAACAUGUAUGUGAAAUGUGGAUGUGGAGGACGCUCGUAAAGUCUUCGAUCGAACUUCUGAGCGAGACGAAUGCUUGUGGAGUGUCAUGAUUUCAGGCUAUGCAGCGCAGGGCUUUCCUCACAGAGCAUUGGCACUGUUCCAGCAAAUGCAAACAAGCAUCCUUCAGCCCAGUCACUUUACGUUUUCCGCCGUUAUUUCUGUAUGCAAUGCCCUUGUCGAUUUCUAUGGAAACUGUGGAUAUAUCGUGGAUGCCCGCCAAGUGUUUGAUAAAAUGUCUUUGGGAGAUGCUGUGUCGUGGACUAUUAUUAUUUCUUCUUAUGCAAGGAGAGAACCUUGCGAGGAAGCUUUGAGUCUGUUUCGGCAAAUGAAGCAGUCAGGCUUCCAGCCAUGUCAGUUUGUAUAUUCAGGGGUGAUUUCGGCAUGUGCACGUCUCGGAUUGCUAGAAGAGGGUGUGGAAAUCCAUGAGGAGAUCAUUAGGAAGGGAUAUGAGUUUCAUAUCUCUGUGGCCAAUGCUCUUAUAGAUAUGUAUGUGAAAUGUGGAAUGAUACGAAAGGCGCGAGAAUUGUUUGACAAAAUACCCCAACGAGAUGUUGUCUCAUGGACUGUGAUGGUUUUGGCUUAUACAAAGCAAGGGUUUGCUGAAGAGGCAUUGACACUGUUUUGGAAAAUGAGAGAAACAGGCUGCAGGCCUAAUGAGCUCACCUUUGCUAGUGUUCUUACGGCAGUUGCCAACAUGGGAUCUCUCAAGCUCGGUACGCAAUUCCACGCAGAGAUAUUGAGAUGUGGAUUCCAGACUUAUGUCUCUGUUGCAAAUGCAUUGAUGGAUAUGUAUGCAAAAUGUGGUAGCAUAGAGAAGGCGCAGGAUGUGUUUGCUCAAAUGCAUCAAACCGAUGUGGUUUCAUGGAAUACAAUGACUACAGGACUUGCACAUAACGGAUUUCUUGAGGAGGCUCUAAAACUGUUUAAUAAAAUGCCUCGACGUGAUGUGAUAUCUUGGAAUGCAAUGAUUGCAGGGUUUAUGCAGAAUGGGUUUGUUGAAGAAGCUGUGAAACUGUUUAACGAAAUGCCCGAAAGAAGCAUAGUUUCGUGGACAACGAUGAUUUCAGGAUAUGCACAUAAUAGAUUUCUCGAUGAGGCCCUGAAGCUCUUCAAGGAAAUGACUAUACGGGACACUGUCUCAUGGAACGCAAUGAUUGCAGGAUUAGGGCAUAAUGGUUAUGACGACGAGGCCUUGAAGCUUUUUCAACAAAUGCACUUAGCUGGUGUAAGGCCAAACUCGGAAACCUUUGCUACUGUGCUACCUGCCUGUGCAAAAUUGGCAGCUCUAGGACAUGGGGUGGAAAUCCAUGAAAAAGUAAUAAGAAGUGGGUUUCACACAGAUGUUCUUGUGGGCAAUGCCUUGAUAAAUAUGUAUGCAAAAUGUGGUGAUAUUCAGAAGGCAAAUGAAAUAUUUGAAAGAAUGCAUCAAAGAGAUUCAGUCUCCUGGACAUCUAUGAUUACAGGGUUCGCGAUGCAUGGUUAUGGCAAGAAAUCCCUUGACCUCUUUGAGCAAAUGAAAUUUUCUGGUAUGACACCAGAUCAUAUCACCUUUCUUAGUAUUUUGUCUGCAUGCAGUCAUGCAGGUUUGGUGGAUGAGGGCCAUAAGUACUUCGAUUGCAUGAGAACGUAUUAUAAUAUCAACCCUACUAUGGAACACUAUAGAUGCAUGGUUGACCUUCUUGGGCGUGCUGGCCAUCUGGAUGAAGCAAUCGAUUUCAUCUACAAAAUGCCAGUAAAACCCAAUGGCGCCAUUUGGAAUUGUUUGAUGGGUGCUUGUAGGAUACACAGUAAUGUGGAUUUAGGAGAAUAUGUGGCAGGACGAAUUUUUGAAUUGGAGCCUCAAAAUGCAGCACCUUAUGUGCUUCUUAUGAAUAUCUAUGCUGCAGCUGGCAGGUUGAGUGAGAUUGAAACUAUACGGCAAAUGAUGAACGACAGGGGUGUAAAAAAGACACCCGGAUACAGUUGGAAUGAGAUCAAUGAACAUGUAAAUGCUUUUUCUGUAGGAGAAAGGUUGCAGACAGAAAAUUGAAAAAAAGGUGGCGACAUUAUCUUGGAAAAUCAAUGUAACAUGUCUAUUGCUAUUCGAGCUCUGUGAUGAAUAACAGAAUAAGUUAAUGAACAUGGGAACGAAUUCUUUUGACACCAACUAGAUUGAAUAGCUAGUGUUACCAUUCAGGUACUUAUAUGAUAUUAAACAAUCGCCUCGAAUAGCUAAUGAGACAUCCCAUGACUUCUGUGGUCUAAAAGAAAUCCCCUUGGGCUAUCGGUAAAUUGUAUGUGAACAGUGAAAUUGACUCACUGAACCAACUCUUUCUCCAUGAUUUUUCAAUGGAAAACUGCUCUCAGGGUGCAAAUUUUAGUUUUAUGGAGAAAAUUCCACUCACAAGAUAAAAAAUAGAAAUCUUGAGUAUCAUCAGAAAAUAAGAUAAGAAUGUGUCCUACUCUACAGCAGCAGCCAGCUUCCCCCAACAUCUGAGAACAUCUGGAGGGAUCAACAACUGACAGUCUUGGAAGAGAUAUACAUGUACAAAAUCCAUUUUAUUGUGGAGCACAACAAAAGAUUAAAAGGCAGAAGUUGAACUACAAUUCUGAAAACUCCGGCAAAACCAUCUCACGAUCCAGUAAUUGCAGAAGUCAAAUUUGGAAUUAUUCUCAAACGCUGUUAAGUUUGAAAUUAUUCUCAACACUGUAAAAUUGAAUGACCCGAAAGAUCUUUGAUUUGUCUAUACUACAGCAAUUUACGUUUGAUACAACAAAGGGUUAGCUCUGCAGGAGCAGAAAUGAUUUGAGUAUGAGAUGUAAAUCCUAUUAUUCUCAAUCAAAUUGAAGACUACCCUCAAAGUCUCCAGAUCACGGAAGCUGGAUGAAGCUUGAAGUUUCAAUAUCUCUCAACUGUUCUUUAUACUGCUGGUAAUUUUUGGUUUUUUUGGAUGUCUAACAUGACUCUCUAAUUCCAUACGUAAGACUCGAAUUGUUGUAUUGCCUUUGUAAAAAUAUGGCUAGGCUAGUUCAGCGAUGAGAAAUUGCCAGCCUUUAAUCUUAUUAGUUAUUACGGUGCAUCUUAUAGAUAUCACUACAUUAAGAUGUGAUAGGCUAUAAGUUCAGCUUAAAAAUUCAGUUUUAGUUUGUCUUCAUAGCUGGUCCAGAAGGCGUAAUAGAUUAUUCUGCAAAUUUUGUAAUAGACUCCCAUGUUUUAUAUGAUCUUCUUCUUGUUUGUCAUCACUAGAGCAUUUAAACUCUCUUCAGAAGAGCCAGCGGGUGUCUUGAAUGCCACUUACAAUAAAAUUUACCACCAAGCUUGCUGCUGAUCCUCGUAGAGCAUGCAAACAAUGAGAUUGUAUCAAGAGAUGAAGGUAGGACUUAUCUGCCAAUAUGCUGCAUGCUGAAUGAUGCGGAGGAGGAACAAAUUACCUGCUACCACAGCAAGGCAAUUUGAAAGCCAUUUAUGCUGUUACACAAUUACCCUGCGUUAACAGAGUAUUAUUAAUCUUGGAAUAUGCAGCAACUGCCACUUGAAGCCAAAUUUCUAUCCAAGAUUGUUGCACGAGAAAAUGAACCAGAGAUCAGUUUUGUUUCCUAUUAACGCUCAUUCAUGGAACGUUUCCCUUCCUUGGAUUUGUUCUAUUUUGAGAAAACCCACCCAGGUCUGAAAUAAUUUAGGCGAUCCAAACUCUCAGAUAAAUAAAAUGAAGGCAUUCUCCCA